CUACAAGUCCACAAGGAAGUGAAACAUCUGAAACCAAAACAGCCAGCGGCAGAGUGGGACGAUAACCUCAGUUUAGUUUCAGACACAAGAGUCGAGAAAUAGGUCAGAGACAUAAAAAUAAGGAAAUAAUCUUAAAAAUGAGCUCCGAGGUUUUCUCGUAUGAGAGUUUGGUUCACGCUGUGUCUGGAGCAGUGGGAAGUGUGACUGCAAUGACAAUAUUCUUCCCUCUUGACACUGCCAGACUACGACUUCAAGUGGAUGAAAAUAGGAAGGCCAAAUCAACUCCAGCUAUUCUAUCAGAAAUUGUCAAAGAGGAGGGACUUUUAGCUCCGUACAGAGGUUGGUUCCCAGUCAUCUGCAGCCUGUGCUGCUCCAACUUCGUCUACUUCUACUGCUUCCACAGCCUGAAGGCGAGCUGGCUGAAGGGAAAGCAGUCAGCACCCAGCACUGACUUAAUCAUAGGCAUUGCUGCAGGUGUUGUAAAUGUACUAGUUACCACUCCUUUGUGGGUGGUCAACACCAGACUGAAGCUUCAGGGUUCCAAGUUUCGCAAUGCAGACAUCCGGCCCACCAACUACUCCGGCAUUCUGGAUGCGUUUGUGCAGAUCAUCCGUGAUGAAGGCGUGGGAGCUCUGUGGAACGGGACCUUCCCCUCCCUGCUGCUGGUUCUGAACCCUGCCGUCCAGUUCAUGAUUUAUGAGGGCCUGAAGAGGCAGCUGAGGAGAGGAGUUCCCAGGGAGCUGUCAUCUGUUGAGGUUUUUAUCAUUGGUGCCGUGGCCAAAGCUGUGGCCACCACUGUUACAUACCCACUGCAGACUAUACAGUCCAUUUUGAGGUUUGGUCAAUUUAAUGAGUCGACAGCUGAGUCAAAACUACUAACCAGUCUAAGGACAAUCAAGUGUCUACUGGUCAACAGAGCGAGGAAGUAUGGUGUGUUGGGUCUGUUUAAAGGCCUGGAGGCCAAGCUGCUGCAGACGGUGCUGACUGCUGCCCUCAUGUUCCUUCUUUAUGAGAAGAUUGCCAGUUGUACUUUCAGAGUCAUGGGACUAAGCAACAACCACUACAAGAAACGCUAGCUUGCCUAGCAAGACGCUUCACAACCAUGGACACUCAGCUACGAUAAAGCACUCACUGAUGAACUGUAUAAAUCACUGCUUACUGUACCCCAUGAUGGGGACUUCCUGUAAGUCUGUAACUCAACACUGGAAACACAAAGCCUUUCUUUAGUUAAAUAUAUACAGACCAAGUUCAUUCAGUCUCAUUGUACAUUAUUGUAGAAAUAAAUGUCAGUGUGCACCAGCAGCAGAGUCAGUGAAAAGAUGACCAGUCUGACUAUUAACUGUGCUGGAAGUCCUGAAACAGAUUCACAGACAGGAUAUCAGAUUACACAACAUUAUGAGUACAACAGCUGUUGUUCAUUUCAUUUCAUGUUCAUUUCCUAAAACCACUCACUUCAAACAUGUAGCUGUUUGAUUCUGUUGUACAGAAAGUUUUUGUUUAGAAAUAAACUACAGCAUGUUGA